AUGUCAAACUGAUAAUGAGUAAUCAGAGGAAUUUUGGUAUUUUUACAGGAAAAUCCCAAAAAAUAAUUCUGCACAAAAAUAACAAAAGUAAUUAUAGCUGAAAACAGUAGUUGCCAUGUCAUAGUUCUAGAUUUACUAAAGAAACUUCGAAAGUUUUGAACAAACAUGUACAAAAACAUUGAAUUGAGGAAGCUGCCUGCUGGGUCUCUAGUGAGGGUGACAGAGACGCUAGAGAUCAACGAUGCCUGGAAGAAGGUGAUGAGCCGAAUCCCCAAAAACUUGGACGAUGAUAAGUUUGAACCGAAAUAUAAUAAUGAACACGAGGAAGCUAUUGCUAGGGAUGCUAAACACACAAAUAGGUUCUGCGCAGAGAUACUGUUCGAUGAAUGGGCUACGUCAGGCAAAGUACGACCAACUCUAGGCACGUUGCAAGAUAUAAUAAAAAAAGCGGGCAUUUUAAAAGCUGCUGACGAGAUAGCACAGAUGUUGCAAGAAUCACCUGUUACAAGGCCUGAUGAAGGUCCAGGAAUGAAGAUCAAUACCAGCAUAACUGAAAUAUUGAACGAGAGUAGAGCGCACAACAACGUCACAAAGUCCAAGAAGGACAAAACCGAGUCCACAGCUCAAAUGAAAUCAUUAGACAUCCCCAGCUUCUUCAAAAAGUUAAAGUCAAAAUCGAUAGGCAACAAGACAACUCAGCAAAUGCAGUCCGAAGGGGAACAUUACGCAAUCUACAACAAUGAUAGCAGCUAUUCUAACGAAGGCGUUCCCAAUAUUCCAAACCUAAGCAGACUGAUCAAACCUGGAAACAGUCAGAAAAAUACUAUACCCUAUCCAAGACAACUAAUCAAGAUUGAUACCGAUAUCCUGCAGAACAAAACGCUUAUUCAAUUCGAUUAUAACGAGUUGAAGGACAUUACCUGUGGGUUUUCAAAAGACUUUAUCCACGGCCCAACCGGUCCUACAGGAAUGAUUGGCAGCGGUGGGUUCGGCGACGUAUACGCUGGCUGGCACAGACAUCACGGUACACUUGCUGUGAAAAGGUUCAAGAACCUCGGUAUGAUGACAGAGAAGCCAGAUUUUAUGCUGCAAAGCUUUAAUUCAGAAGUCAAGUUUCUUGCUCAGUUGCGGCAUGACAAUAUAGUCCCUAUUAUUGGUUAUAGCAUACAAAAAGAAAUGUCAUCGUUUCCAUCACUGUGUAUUGUAUGCCAGUACAUAGACGGAGGUUCUUUAGAGCAAAACCUAGCAGCCAAAAGGCUAAGCGAGAAGCAGAGGUUAGAGAUAAUGCUAGGAACCGCUAGAGGGCUGAAAUACAUACAUAACACGGAGAUUUUGGAUCCGGACAACACGAGUGCGGACCCUGAAGCAAAUAAGGUGCAGUUUAUACAUGGGGACGUGAAAACUGCGAAUAUUUUGCUGACAAGGGAUUACAAACCUAAGCUCUGCGACUUCGGUCUAGCGAAACCUUUCAAGAGCACAGAGAUCACGCAGUCACUGAUCGGCACUAAGCCCUACAUGUCCCCAGAACGCUUGCAAGGCACCGUCACCCAGAAAAUGGACGUCUACAGCUUCGGAAUCGUACUCUUGGAGCUACUAACAGGCCUCCGAUGCGCCAUCAAGUUCAAAAGCAUACAACACUAUAUCAAAGAAAAAGCACCGAACGGUGAUAUAACAGAAUUAUUAGAUACAGUGGCCCAACCUUGGUCGAAAGCGCAGGAAGUGUACGAGCUAGCCAAAAAGUGUCUCGUUGAAGAUUAUAUUCUGAGGCACUCGAUUGACCAAGUGUAUGAAGAAUUGAUUAGGAUAAAUGAGGAGUAUAAAGACGUGGUUGUGACGAAUGAUGCGGACCAGAUAUGAUGAUCUAAACGCUCGAUAAAUGAAAGAUGAGUUAAAUAGUUAAUUAGACAAGUCGGUAAAAUUGUUAGUUGCUCUAAGUUAUUUUUAGAAGGCAACAAGAAGGAAUUUUGCAGAAAAAACGACGAUAACUACUUCGAUUAGUGGCCAAGGACCGCAAAAGUUAUAAAUGGUUUUUAAAAAUGACCGUUGAGAAAUGAGAACAAGAAUUAAUUUUUUGAGGUAGAAGACACCCGAAAAAAUCAUGAAACAACUGCAUUUACUUAGCCGAACACAUUCCCUUAAAUUACGUAAAUUUAACGCCAUCUAGUGGGAACAACACAUUCAGGUUUAUAUUAUCCUUGAGCCCCUCGGUUCUAAGUCUGUUAAGAUUUUUUAGCUUUUUAAAUUUAAAAAUUUUAAGUGAACUUUUACAAGUCUGGAACUGGGAGAGCCUUGCACAUUUUUUUUAGAAUAAAAUCAAAAGUAAAUAGGAAAGAUAGAUUUAUUUAAACGUAAAAAAAAAGGAAAAUGAACGUAUUUACUUGUUAGAUCAUUUAAAUAUAGAAAUAUAUUUUAUUAUUAUGGUAGAAUAUUUUUAUUAUUAAGUUUUUCGAUAAGUAAUUAAGCGUUAAAAAAUAUUUCUACGUUUUUAUGUAUGUUAAAAAUAUUAAAUGUGCUUCCAAAUACAAUAACUUCAGUACCUAACACUUAAGUUUAAGGGAAAGAAAUUACUUAAAGUGCCUAUCUAUACAUUUACAAUUUAAGUGUAUUGUUGACCAACUAUGAAAAAAAAAUGUUGAUAUGUGUUACCUAUGUACUUUAUAUAAAUAUUAUUUUUGUCCGUUUAUUAAAGUGGAUUAUUGUAAUU